AUUAAACUUAAACGCAGCGCAGUGAUAUAUAUGUUGCGGAGUGAAGUCAGUUGUUUUCAAAAUUCUAGUCGUCGUCGCCAUCAUGUACUAUUGACAGACCACCGACGCAUCAUCAUCGUAUAUCUAAUACAAAUUGUGAGAACGUACAAAAUUUCACUACCAUGUUUACCUCCGGACAUUACAUAACUGCGGACCAACACAAUUAUUGGAAUCAUUUCUCUAUUAAACAACUCUUAUUCGUAAUUGUAUUGUUGACAUCAAAUGUUGAAAUUAAUACGCACAAAUUAAAUUUGACAGAAAGUGGACCAAAUCAAGAAAUAAACUGCACGAUUUAUAGGUCAUGCACACAAUGUACUGAUGAAUCUAUUUGUAGUUGGGUGUUCGAAAAGCAAAUUUGUCUCUAUUCAAAUCAGAGUCUCUCAGAGAAUUACACAAUGGUUACAAAACAAUACUGCCCGAAAUAUAUCAUUAACUUAAAAAUUAUAGAUGAGCAUUAUUGGAUACAAAUUAAGUUCUCGAAUACAGUGGUAAAACUUUUAGAUAAUAUAUUUAAUGAUGAUGCGGUUUUUAGAUGUGCUAUAGAUAAUGUAAUUUAUAACGCUUCAUACAAUAAUGGAUUAGUUUCUUGUAAAUGGGUAAAAGAAAGUAUCAUUUCUCUCGAGACACGAAGAUCGAUUGACAUCAAUCCAUUGCAUAUUUUAUAUUUUUCAAUAAUUUUUGACAACGAUUCAACAUUAAAAUUCGACGACCCUCGAGAUCAUUACAUCAAUUAUCUGCACAGUUUGAACUGUCCCGAAGAAAAAUGUUCGGUCUUUUAUUGGGAAAGCAAUUUGAGAAAAUAUUACUGUAAAUGGUGUUUGAAAACAAACGGUUGUCGGUUAACAGCUGAAUCGCGGUGUAGUUGCGACGUACGUCACGUGUAUACCAACGAGAAAUUAUUGAACGACGACCCUGCGCUGACCACGAUCGAAGUGAAAAGUCCCGACCUGGCGAUUGAAUCUUUCAAACCAGACGUAUUGCCUAUCACACGUAAGUUGUCGACGGUCGUGAGCAUAUCCGUCAAUAAUCACAGGAUUUUCGACGACGGCCGGUCGACAACUGAAGUGACCGUGGCCGGCCAGAGUUGUGACAAUCCCACUGCGAUCGACGAUCAGACGAUCAAUUGCAUCGUCAGUGAGCGAAAUGAUAAGACGUUGGCGAUCGAGGGUCCGGUGCAGAUAAAAUACUCGUGGACGACGUCGACGCGCAAGGUGAUAUUGAGAUCAUCAAAAAAAUUCAAGUUCGUCGUGCCGAGCGUGACGGCCGUCAACCCUACGUGUGUUCCAGCUACCGGCGGCACCCGCAUAGAACUGACCGGUCAAUAUCUGAACGCCACGACUGAUGUCCAAGUGUUAUUAAAAAACAAUGGGACCAAAGCGACGUGCGAAAUUUUCGAGCUCUCGCGUGACCGAAUAGGCUGUGUGACAGCCGCCAACAGCAAAUCACUCGAGCCUGGACCGUUGAUGAUCGUGUUCGACAACAUGAUAGGCGUAUACACCAAAGAAAAUUUCUCGUACGUCGCCGAUCCGACCGUUCUGGACGGUCAGGUGUUCGCAGGAAUCGCAUCGGGCGACGUACCGCUGAUCGUUCGGGGUAGUUUCGACUGCACGAAAAACCAACAGGUGUACGUCGACUACAACGGAGAAAGGCACUUCGGCCACUGUGCGGUACGUAACAGCUGCAACGACUCGGCGAUGAUGUACUGUUGGCCACCAAAGUUCGGUAGCCCUGCGCAGAUGACGAGAUUGCCGCUCGGCUUUCGUAUCGAGUUGGCUGAUAAAGUGGUGUUUGUACCACAACAGACGCACUACAGUUACCUGCUGUACCCCGACCCAAUUUACACAGACUUUGAAGUCUACAACGUCGACACCAUCCGCGUAAACGGCGUGUUUCCGGACCCGCUGCAACGCCGCCAAUUGAACGGAAACUAUUUGCUCGAGGUCGUAUUACUUGGCGGACCGUUGGACGAAGACGAGGACAUAUUUUUCACUGUGACCGCCAUCACCGAUAAUUAUGCAGAGUGCCAGUAUCUUCCCGAUACGUCAUUUGAUGAUAUCCUGAAAUCGUGAUCGUACUAGCGGGCAAACAAGUGACACGGACCGUUGUGCACAGAAGACACUAACAGUAUUAUUACGCGAUAGUUCCAGUGCCGUGUUAGGUUUAAUGUCACCUGGACCACAUAUAUUUUUCUGUCUCAUAUCCCCUUUAUAAUAUCAAUCAUUAAAAAAAACUGGUAUAAUAUCCUGGUUAAAUGAAUGCAGUAAAUAUACUUUGUCGCAUCAUCACUUAUUGGACAAAAUAUAGGUGUUGGGCGCAGGUAUUUAGCAUUUAUAUAAUUAUGUACCAUAUAUUAAUAUAAUCAAUUACAUAUACAA